GACGUGGGCUAGUGAAUCAUUCGGAGACAGCAGCGAAUCGUAAUUUCUUAAAAAUUUAUUGUUUUGCAUUCGAUCAAGUUACCUUUCACAAAAAUGCCUUUAAUCGGCUUAAGCAGUAAUUUUAAUAAGUUGCUCGAAAAAGCAACGAGCAACUUGAUGCUUGACCCUGACUGGCCAACAAUUCUGAGUAUUUGUGAUUUAAUUAGACAAGGAGAUGUUUCACCAAAAAAUGCUCUUGCUGCUAUAAACAAAAAGAUAACUUCUGAAAAUCCACAUACAGCUAGUUUUGGAUUAUUGGUUUUAGAAUCUUGUGUGAAAAAUUGUGGUACUCUGAUUCAGAAUGAAGUCUGCACAAAGCAGUAUAUGGAACAGCUGAAAGAGAUAGCUAAAACAACACAGCACUUAGAACCUGUAAGGAAUAAAAUAUUAGAGUUAAUUCAAGCUUGGGCCUAUGCUUUCAGAGAAAAUCCAAAGUACAGAGCUGUUCAUGAUACAAUGAGAAUAAUGAAAGCUGAAAAUUUUAUGUUCCCUGACUUGCAAUACAGUGAUGCUAUGUUUUCUGCUGACAUAGCUCCUGAAUGGGUGGAUGGUGAUAAAUGUCACCGUUGUAGGGAGAAUUUUACUACAUUCCUUCGUAAGCAUCAUUGCAGAGCUUGUGGACAAGUGUUUUGCAAUCAAUGUGCUGGUAAAUUUUCCGUAUUACCCAAGUAUGGCAUUGAAAAGGAAGUUCGUGUGUGCAUUACUUGCUAUGAUCAAGUUAACAAGCCUAUUGUAACAACAACUCCGAAGGACACAGACCUUCCAAUUGAAUAUCUUACUAGUUCGCUAGCUCAACAACAACAGGUGAAUGUUCCACCAAGAAAAACUGAUGAAGAACUGAGAGAGGAAGAAGAAUUACAAAUUGCCUUGGCAUUGAGUCAAAGCGAAGCUGAACAUAAAGAAAAAGAAAAGAAGCGUGUUACUAGCGCUAUUACGUCUAAUUCAACUGCUUUUGCAAAAGUCAACUAUUCACCUCCACCUUCUCCAAGUCCAAGUCCUAAAAUCCAAGAAGAAGAAGAAGAAGAAUAUGAUCCAGAUUUAGCUAAGUAUUUAGAUCGUCAAUAUUGGGAACAACGCCAAUCAGCUUUAGAAGAACAAACCUCAAGGCUAAAUGUCACCAGUCCAUCAGCUCCAAACAUCAGUAGCCCAAUGCCGCAGAAAGUCAUUGCUAUCAAGCAACAGAAUGGCGAGAUUGAUCCUGAGAUGAAGAAUUUUGUAGAUGCUCUGAGAUCACAAGUUGAGAUUUUUGUCAAUAGGAUGAAGAGUGAUUCGUCGAGAGGACGUUCCAUUGCCAAUGACAGCUCUGUUCAAACUUUAUUUAUGAAUAUUACUGCUUUGCAUUCAAAACUGUUACGUUAUAUUCAAGACCAAGAAGACAAGAGAGUCUAUUAUGAAGGAUUGCAAGACAAGCUAACCCAAAUCAAAGACGCUAGAUGUGCCUUAGAUGCUUUACGCGAAGAGCAUCGCUUAACUUUGCUACAGGAAAAGCAGGAAGCUGACAGAAAGAAGCAGCUUCAAAUGGCUCAGAAAUUAGAAAUCAUGCGAAAGGAAAAACGAGAAUAUCUGCAGUAUCAACGUGAACUGGCGCUUAGCAGAAUUCAGGAACAGGAAAGAGAAAUGCAAAUGCGACAGGAGCAACAAAAACAACAAUAUAAAAUGUCUGGAUAUUCGUCAGUUGACUUCAUGGGUCCGUCAACUCAAGGCUCACCAGUCCGGCAAGUACAAUAUUCCAAUUCCGAAGCAAUUUAUAGCUCUUUGCCUGCAGCGAAUCCUGCAACUGCGUAUGCCUAUCCACCUGCUACUGGUACAUAUCAAGUGCCAGCCAAUUAUAUGAUUCAGCAUCCACAUCAACCACAAUCGAUCGAUCCAGCAGCUAUACCUGAAUCUAAACCACCUGCGGAAGAGAGCCAGAAUAAACAGAAUCACGAGAGUCUUGGUCGCGUAACUGUAUCUGGACCGGGAUUAGUAAGCAAAAUACAAAUACCUGUCAUGGGAGGUCCUCCAUCACAAUCACCUUUACAAGGUCUACCCACAACAACGUACAUUCCUACAACUGGUCAACCAGUGACACACAUUCCUACGAAUGGCAUGGCUGUGACAGGUCAUAUGAUGCCACCAGCACCAGGUCAAAUUCCACCGCAAAUGAUGCCCAGUAGUCAACAAAUGAUACAGGCACAACAACGCCAACAAAUGAUGCAGGCUGCACUAGCUAGACAAAUGGCUAUGGCUGGACAGAUACCUGGACAACCUCCUCAUUCUAUUGGUGCUAAUAUGCCUAUGCCAGGUCACGGUCCGAUUGUAAUGCCAUCGAGCAAUGGCCCGAUGCAAGCACCAAUUCAACAAAUGCAAGGUUCACCACAACAGGUCGUUAGUCCACAACCACAGAUACCAAGUCAACAACAACAAAUGCCAGGACCACCGCAACAAUUACCCAACCAAUCACAACAAAUACCAGGAAUAGCAGGAGCACACAUGGCAGCGAUGUCUGGAGUUCGAAUACCUCUCACUCAACAAGCUCAGAUGUAUCAUCAACAAAUGCAACAACAUCAACAACAAAUAGCCCAACAGCAGCCAAGUCAACAGCCUCCGCAACAACCGCAGAUGCAACAACUACCCGUUCAGCAACAACUACCGCAACAACAGCAGGAGCCAGAACCUCAACCACAAGAACCGAUGUCAACUUUAAAGCAAGAAGAAGAGAGAAAGUCUCCGGAAGUUGCUGAAUUAAUUACUUUUGAUUAAGAUUCUUCUAUUUUUUUCAACGAAAAUUUGUUUUGUUUUUAUUCGAAAUUUACGCAUAGACUGCGUUAGUAUAUUGUAUUUCUGUUGAAGUUAAGAUACAAUGGAUAUUAGAUAUUUAAACUUUAUAAUUAUUUUAUAUUGUAUGAUCAAUCAUUUAACGGAGAUGAUUGUUAAAGAAGCUAUUUGAAACAUUGCUUAUUGUAAAAUUCUCAAUGUAUGUUUUAUUAAUUAUUCCUGUAAAAUAAAAGCGCAAUAU